AUGCCUCCCAACCGGUCAAGAGGGUUUCGCAUCGCUUCUGCCGGCAGCCCCUUCACUUCGACACCAAAGCAGCCCAUCAUCCCUGCCAUCUUGCCCUGCCCUCGCCUGUCCUCUUCAUUUUGUCCUCAUCUCGGGUCACCGCAGUUCCAUCACCCCUGUCACCCCGCCAUGUCCUCGCCUGACCUGGUCGCCUGCGGCGGUGGAGCAUCUGCUUUCUCGCCCCCACGAGAUGUUUCUGGAAGCGGCGAUGGCGGCGGCGGCGGCGGCGGCGGCGGCGGCGGCGGCGGCGGCGGCUUAAUCCGCAUCCACUUUCACUGCGCGCCCGCGAACGCGUCCUGCCGCCGCCGCCGCCGCCGCUGCCGCCGCCGCCGCCGCGUAGCCCAGCUGCGCCCGAGGAAGCGGGCAAGAGGCCAGACCACCUUGCCCAACGCCCGCAAGGUUAGGACGCGAGCGUACGUGGUAUUGCGACGCAUGAUCGACUGUGGAUGAACGGCUCAGCGCGCUUCAGCUGGACGAGCAGCAACUGGAGCAGGUGACGCGCGACAAGCGCACCAUCGCAGUGCUGCGGCAGCUGUUUCCGGGCGUCGGCCAGGUACGUCUCGCCUCCCCGCCCCUCCCGCUCCCUAUCCCCUGGACCAGGACCAGGACGACGACCGGGACGACGACCGGGACCGGGACGACGACGACGACCACGUUGACAGCACGAGGUUUGUCCAGCAACGGAAUCAGUUGAUCGAUAGAAAGAUCCAACAGAUCACUCAGUACUUGUUCCGCACCAUCGGGCGACUGGUGCUGCGCGGCGGUCUGGGCGGGGGCGGGAACGCGGCGGCGGGUGGCGGCGGCACCAACAACCGCCGCAUCAGCAUCACGCUGCCCACGUUCCCGCCCGACUCGGACGAAGACGAGGACGAGGAGGAAGACGGUGGCGCGACGGACAACGCGACGGAGGCGGGCACCACCAUGCCCACUCCGAGUGAACUCAACCCAGAAGAAAAUCAACUUGCGGGUGCCGAGUCCCAGGUAAAUGAAGUUCGUGCCGAUGAAAAUGGUUAUGCUGUUGACCAAGAUGCCGCUGCAAGUGGAGGCAAUGAUGCACCUGACCCAGCAAUUGCUAUUGAUGAUGAGAAUGCUGAUGAUGCUGAUCGUAAUAAAAGGCAGUUCAGCUUUGGCGCAAGUGGAGGAUCUGGCGGAGGUUCUGGAAAUUUCCUUUUCGACAUCAUCCGGCUGGUGUCUGGUGGCAGCUCUGGAGGUGGAGCAGCCAGUGAAGCAAGCACUGAUGGCACUGGGGCAAGUGGUGCUGAGAAAGAAGAUGGUUAUGGUGCUGGAAUUCCUGGCCCUGUGACGAGGUUGUUCAUUAUUGCUAACAGAGGAAUUGCCAACCUGAUUCAAGAUCUCAUUCUGCGUAUUGCGCAGACUAGUGAAAGAUUAGUGAACUUCAAGGCUCGUCUCAUUACAUCAAUCAUCUAAUUGCAUCACCUCACAAGUUUUCUAUUUGCUCAUCCAAAGGCCAUGCUAUUGGCAUCCUGUUGGAAGCAACAGGCUCUUAAAGCAGAAUCUUUCUUCAGAAUUUCUAAAUUAAAAGUAGUAAUCCAAAUUCAAGAAUACAGAAAUUUCAAUAACAAUUUUUAAAAUAAUAAAAUUUUGCAGUAAGUAGUUCACAACUACAACAAGAAAGUUUACACUACAGUGAACAUCAUAAAUUUCUAUUACAAAUAUUUAACGUCAAAUAUUCAAAACUAUUAAUAGAAAUUAGUUAUUAUCAUUUGAAAUUAUUAAAAUACUAACAAUAUGUGAACUACCUCUGCUUUCUCAGUCUGUUACCUAAACAAUUAGUCUGCCUCAUGGCCUAAAAUCCAUCAAAAAUGUAUCCACUUUUUGAAGGUGUGUUGAGGAUUUAAAAUGAUGUGACUGUCUCCUUUCAAGACCUCUAAUAGAGACAGCAUUUCAGUGAGUCCUAUACCUGUUAAUUGGAAGAAAAGUUUGUUUUUUUUGGUGUUUUUUUUAUGGGGGUAAUCUACAUUUUCAGCCAGUGGCAUGCCAUAUCCUGCUACUUAUUAAUUUGCCUUUUGUUACAAAUUGUUUUAUCUUUGGAAUACUUUAAAAUUCUGUUUUAAUUUAUGUGUCAUCUAAAUGAAUGUUACACAAAUGAACUGGUCAUGUAUUUAAUGGUAUAUCCACAGAAAUAUGGUUGCCAGUUGCACAGAUGGAGGUUGUGCAAUUCAAAUUACACUGGCUGAUAUUGUUAGAAAUGUUUUAUAAAGUAUGUCCAAUGAGGGAUUUUUAUAAAUUGAUGUGAGUAAACAGUUUGUCUAUCACAGUUUUUUGUUACAUUUCCUAGUAUCAUCUUUUUUCAACCUAGUGACAAGAAACUGUGAUAUGCACACGUGUUUGAUCACACAUUCUCAUGUGGGAUUAAAUGUUGUUAAUUUUAUUAUUUUUGUAUAUAGGUUUGUGAAUUCUUUUGAUACUCAGCCAUCGAAUCUUGUAAAAGAAAAUUUGUACAUUGCCAUUGUGCAUUUACAGGAUUGGUUAUUCUCAAACCUUGUGUGAUUGUUACUAUUGUACUUUUGUAAAAAAUUUCAUGAUGUCAAUUUUGACAAUAAAUUACUCUCAAUAUUUUUCUGCUAGCCAUUUUACAAUGUAAGUAAAUUGUAUUAUUUAUGCUAUGAACUGUUGUGGUAGGUCUCGCAAUGAAAUAAAUUCAUCUUUUGUAUUAUUGUAUCAUUUUUCAUUAAUAAAUGUUUUCACAGAAA